AUGGAUGCUUCACUUACAUGGACAGAUUUUAAAUCAAUGAAAUUUACAUCCCAGGUACUCAAUGAAACAUUUAGGAUGGCCAACAUUUCCCUAGGGAUUUUAAGGAGGGUGAUCAAAGACAUCCAUAUAAACGGAUAUGUAAUCCCAAAAGGAUGGACCCUUAUGGUUGUUGCUACAGCUAUUCACAUGAACCCAAAAAAGUUUGAUGACCCCUAUACAUUUAAUCCAUGGAGAUGGAGUAACAUUGGGCCAAAUUUAUCAGCAAAAGAUUUUGUGCCAUUUGGUGGUGGGAUGAGGAGUUGUGUGGGAGCUGAGUUCACCAAGGCGUUGAUGUCUGUAUUUUUGCAUGUCUUGGUCACAAAGUUCAGUUCGACAAAAGUAGAAGGAAAUGCACCACCGGGGGAAGGUUUUCACGUUAAAAUUACAGCAACUUAA